CGCCGAAGCAGAAGAUGCAAACUUAACCGCUGUACCACCAGGCUGGCCCCUGAAAUAUUAUUCUUAGGAUUUUUUCCCAUCCACUAAAAAAUGUAGAAGAUCACAGGCAGCACACAAACAGGAUGCUGGCCAGAUUUGGCUCACGGGCCGAAGUUUGUGGACCCUUGAUACCAAGGGAGGAAUCUGUACUCUCAGCAAAAUUCUCCUUUUAGCUUUCAUGUUGCCAUUCAUAACUGUGACAAUGGACCGUUUUCUUGGGCAUCAUGAAGUAACACAGACCUGACGUCUUAGUGGAGAACAGUUGUCCCACCAGAUUCUCUUAGUUUCUACCUUUUGACGUUUCACUUCAGAGCGUGCUGCUAGAAAAGCCCAGCAUGUGGCAGUGAUUGGCCAGCCAGCUAACAAGUGAGCACCAAUUAAAUGUGUUAACCUACGCUUUUAUUGUGGGGGGAUUUCUUUUUCCUUAGUGAUAUUUUCUGGAUGAAUCUGGCAUGACUGAAGGCAUGGCUCAGCCUUGUCUGGAAAAUACUUUAGUGUUCCUGUCUAGUCUUUGCUGCCUAGCAAAGAAAGGUCGUUUGGAUUGUCACACUGUCUAGGUGCUUGUAUUUUUAGACACGUUAGGUUGAGAGUCGUGACCGUCACUUGAUAUGUCUGGUCAUGCCGUGCAGGUCACUGCACUGCUUUGUACACUUUGUGUGGUGCCAGAGUGUAUGCCGUGAUGGCAGUGACGUCGACAGACGGUGGCGCUGGAAUUCGACCUCUGUUUAUUCCUUUGUGUGGCCCGGCCCAUGCAGUUGUCCUGACUCACUCAGUAUCAGUCCUGUCAGAGAUGCUGAUGCACAGCAGUCCAAGGUGCAGGUACCGUUCUCGAGGGCCAGACCCCUUCCUGGUUGUGCAAUCUUGAGAAAAUGUGUAAUCUCUUAACCUCAGCCUCUGGGUCUGUAAAACAGCGAAUACCAUACCUACUUUGCUGGACUGCUGGAAAGAGUGAAGAAGAUACAUGGAAGUAGUGCGGCACGUGCUGGGCUCUCAAAUGUUGAUAGCAUUCUCUUUGAACCCAGCACGUGAGCUUCACAAGUGUAACAGAAUAGCUAACAUUUAGCUGACUACUGAGGGUGUGCUAGGUAUAUCUAAUUUAACUCGCUUAAUCCUUGCAGUAACCCAGUAAAGUAGGUUACCAGUGAUCCCCACAUGAAAAAAACAGGCAUAGAGAGGUAAAUAAUUUGUUCAGGAUCCUGUUAGUAAGAGGAGGAGCCAGGAUUUGAAACCAGGCAGCCUAACUGGAGUCCAUAUGUUUAUGACUGUUUGGCCCCUGCUUAACUGUAGCCUCAUCUUACUGGGGAGAAAGUUGAAGCUUUAGCUGGAAGGCUGUCACGUACUAACAUACUCUGUUGCUAAUUGCCCCGGGCAUGCCUGCCACCUUCAGUCAUGGGUGCUCAUAACAGAAAUUGGAAGACUGGUCACUAACUAAAAUGUUUGACCCUCACCAGAAAAUAGUAUCUGCCUAAAUUGGCACGUGGAAACCAGUCUCUAGGACCCAGGAGUUGAUACAAGCGCACACCCACGUGCAGAAUUUGAGACGGUCACGUUCGUUUACCCCAUGGAGCUGCAGGGGACCUGUUGCACUGUGUUGAGUUUUGGUUUCCCAGCUGAUGGGUGCAUACCAGCACAGAGGCAUGGAGUUCAUGUGAUAGUGACUCAGGACCAGGCAGACUUCUAGCCUCAGUGUCCUCAACUAUAAAAUAGCCAAGGAGUUCUGGAGAGGGCAACAGGUAUCGGCAGGUGAAAGAGCUUAGCAUCCCAUAGGUGCUCCACCAGUGUGAGGCAAUUCCUCCGGCAGUGUUUGCUGUCACUUUCCUGUCACUUGUCAUCCCUUCUUUUAUCAGCGUUUUUUAAGGCACUGGGCUGGGUCCUGCGGGAAGUGGGAAACAAGGUAGACCCAAGUCCUGCCCUUGAGCUUACUGUCUGGUGAGUAAAGGACAGGGAUUGUAGUUCAACUGUCAGGGCAACUUAAGAGAAGCAGCCCAGGUGUAGGAAAAAGGAAGCCUGGGGGGCUUGAUUCAUAAAGCUGUGCAGGCAUGGAGGCUGUGAAUCUUUAUUUAUUGAUUUCUUCGGUAAAUAUGAAACAUACCACGUAUUCAACAUCCCAGCUGUUUUAUGUCAAUGUCGAUGGUUAUCUUGUAAGUGUUAUCACUCACUUGUCGUAAGGUGGCCACAUUUAUUGGAACUUCCUCUAAGAAGCCUACUGAAAAUUAGCAACUGAAUUAGCUGUCUAAACUCUCUGAGGUGGUUCAACACAGGGCCAGCAGAUGGCAGCAAAGGCUUAUCUCAGUGAUGCCUUCCUGUGACGUCUGUCCUUUACAGUUUUGUGUACUUAUUCGUCGAGGUAUCUUGGGCCCAAGGUUGGUCAGCUCCAGCAGCUUCCCAGCUGUGUACCCAGCGUGUUCCAUGGGAAACGGUACGAGCAGACUCUAUAGUGCUCUCGCCAAGACACUGAACAGCAGCGCUGCCUCCCAGCACCCAGAGUACUUGGUGUCACCUGACCCAGAACAGCUGGAGCCCAUUGACCCUAAAGAGCUCCUUGAGGAAUGCAGGGCUGUCCUGCACACUCGACCUCCCCGGUUCCAGAGGGACUUUGUGGAUCUGAGGACAGAUUGCCCCAGUAGCCACCCACCUAUUAGGGUCAUGCAGUGGAACAUCCUCGCCCAAGCUCUUGGAGAAGGCAAAGACAACUUUGUACAGUGCCCUGUUGAAGCGCUCAAGUGGGAAGAAAGGAAAUGUCUCAUCCUAGAAGAAAUCCUAGCCUACCAGCCCGAUAUAUUGUGCCUCCAAGAGGUGGACCACUAUUUUGACACCUUCCAACCACUCCUCAGUAGACUGGGCUAUCAAGGCACGUUCUUCCCCAAGCCCUGGUCACCUUGUCUAGAUGUAGAGCACAACAAUGGACCAGAUGGUUGUGCCUUGUUCUUUCUCCAAAACCGAUUCAAGCUAGUCAAUAGUGCCAAUAUUAGGCUGACAGCCAUGACACUGAAAACCAAUCAGGUGGCCAUUGCACAGACCCUAGAGUGCAAGGAGUCCAGUAGACAGUUUUGCAUUGCUGUCACCCACUUAAAAGCACGUACUGGCUGGGAGCGAUUUCGAUCAGCUCAAGGCUGUGACCUUCUCCAGAACCUGCAGAACAUCACUCAAGGAGCCAAGAUUCCCCUUAUUGUUUGUGGGGACUUCAAUGCAGAGCCAACAGAGGAGGUCUACAAACACUUUGCCUCCUCCAGCCUCAAUCUGAACAGCGCCUACAAGCUGCUGAGUGCUGAUGGGCAGUCGGAACCUCCAUACACUACCUGGAAGAUCCGGACCUCAGGGGAGUGCCGGCACACCCUGGAUUAUAUCUGGUAUUCCAAACACGCUCUAAGUGUGAGGUCAGCUCUUGAUUUGCUCACGGAAGAACAGAUUGGACCCAACCGGCUACCAUCCUUCAAUUAUCCUUCAGACCACCUGUCUCUAGUCUGUGACUUCAGCUUUAAUGAGGAACCUGAUGGACUUUUAUAAACACUUGUCUGUGUCUUUUUAGUCGCAAGAGUCUUAACCAGGGCUGUUUCAGGAAACUGAAAUAGGAUAAGAAGUUGCCUGAGGAAGGAUUCUCAGUUUCUCUCACUUUACUUUCCUCGUUUCCAGCAUGCCCUUGGGAAGGAAAUCCCCUUAGUUAGUUCACAAACCUUUUCCAUUAAGACCUACAGCGAGAAAGGUGUUUGCACUCCAGUAUUGGCUUGUGUUUUCUUUCCCUUCUUAGCAUUACAUUUUGAUCAUUUAAGGGCAUUAAAUUAGGCUUGUUCUGAAGCUUUUUCAGUCUGAGGAUGCUAUAUAAAAAUAGAUUUGCUUGAGUCCUCCAUAAUUAACAAUAAGUAUGCAGGAGCAAUUUCUUUAGACAGCAUUUCAAGUUAUUUAUUUGUGGGUUUUUUAAAUGUCAACAAGACAUGCAUGGCAAUAUUUAUUUUUUAUAUCUUCAUGUAAAAUUAAUAUAGCAUUAUGAACGUUUUAAAACCAUGCAAAACAUAAGUUAUAGAGUAAUUUAUAGUAAUUUUCUUAAAGCUUUAAGAUGUUUUUAUUUGGGGUCUAACAAAAUAGUAGUGUGCGAAGGAACUAUCUAGGCUGGAAGCGUUUUAGUUUGUUGUUUAAGUGGAAAUAAUAUCAGGUCUCCUUGAUACAUUCUUCAUAAAUAAUCCUUGCUGUGCCUCCAUGUUCCCCAUUGUGUUUCUUGAAGAGAUUCCAUGACCGAUCGGUUUUCAUUAUUUAAUCACUGUUACACAUUUAUAGUUUUCCAUUGGAAUGCUAUUGGUAUAUAUUUGAGGUCACUCAAUGUCAUUGUUAUUUGUAGUAGAAUGUGCUUUUCACAAUAGGUUAUUUAGGAGCUGUUACGUGGCAGUGGCUAAGGAAGUUAGUGGGACCUUUUUUUCAGAGGUGGGAAACUAGAAAGUCUGUUAAUGAGGCUGUCAUUGAAAUUUCAGCCAGGUGACUGAUAGAAAGAAGAAUAUAAAAAGUUAGAAAGCAACCUGGAAUUCUCUUCCAUCAGAAAUAAACAAGGUAAAGAUAACAGGUGAAGCCCUUUGCAAACAAAAUCCCAGCAAAUAACCUAUUGGUAAUUAAUAAAUAUUUUAAUCCUUGAGUUGUAAAUAUUUAAGAUUAAUAAAUGGUCUUUUAAAGCUA